GAAAGCCUGGCAAUAAUGCUAAUGAAUGAGUCUUGGGAGAGAAGACAAUGAGCAUUCUUGGUUGCACCAAGUCCGGGUUUAUGUUAUGUAUUGGCAUCUGCCUCGUCCUGGUGGCCUUAAACAACAUCAGCCAACCGGAAGAAAGGACAUCCAUUUUGUCGGAGAUUAAGGAAUGCGGCUAUUACCCCGGAGAGCUGUGCAAAGCUUUGUUUGAAGGAAAGUCAGCUGCCCUAGUGGUGGCAAAUGUAUGCCAAGAGGCUCUGACACCAUCCAAAAAGCCGGCCCCGAACAUUCUAGAACCCAAGACCAAUUGUUCCACCCUAAUAAAGGAAUUACACUUAAUAACCAAACCUCUGUCUGAGGAGGAAGCCGGCUACCCCUUGGCGUUCAUAAUGACCAUACACAAAAACCUGGAGAUGUUCCUGAAACUGCUCACUGCCAUCUACGCCCCGCAGAACAUCUACUGCAUCCACAUUGACCAAAAGUCGCCCAACGCUUUCAGCCAAGCGGUACAGAGAGUGGCGCACUGCCUGCCAAACAUUUUUAUCUCUGCAAAACAAGAGACGGUGGUCUACGCUGGGAUCUCGCGCCUGCAAGCGGAUCUAAACUGCAUGGAGGACUUGGUGCGUUCCGACGCUCCGUGGAGUCACGUGAUCAAUCUCUGUGGCCAGGAUUUCCCCAUUAGAACAAAUAGGGAGAUCAUACGUUAUUUAAAAAGCAAAUGGAACCGCAAGAACCUGACGCCCGGGGUGAUUCAACCCGAUCAUAUGAAGUACCGAACUCAAGUGAGUUAUAAAGAAUUUGUACACAAGGGGACGUCCUAUGUUUAUCCAACCAAAGAGGAGAAAGGGGGUCCGCCUUAUAACAUCACCCUGUAUUUUGGGACGGCGUACUACGCCCUCACCAGGGACUUUGUGCAAUUCGUGCUGACCGACGAACAGGCAAAAGAUCUUCUCGAAUGGUCAAAGGACACAUACAGUCCGGACGAGCACUACUGGGUAACGCUCAACAGGAUUCAAGGUGCCCCAGGAUCCACCCCUGAGGCAGGAUGGGAAGGAAAUAUCCGAGCCAUUAAAUGGAGGGACCAAGAGGGGAAAAGUCACUCUGGAUGUAAUGGUCAUUACGUCCGUGACAUCUGUGUGUACGGGCUGGGGGAUCUGCAAUGGCUGACCGACUCUCCGCAUUUAUACGCCAACAAAUUCGACCCUCAUCGAUACCCCCUGGUCACGGACUGCUUGGAAAGGCAGUUCCGCCAAAAAGUUCUGAACGGAGCCGAAGUCCCCAUAGAACAGGACUGGUAUUUUCCAGACGAGUAUACCUUAAAAACGGAUCUGUGACGAGGGCGAAGAACAUUUGCAUGGAGUAACCAGAGAGCCGGCGCCCGUAUUUUAAUAAACGACAUCAUGCAAAU